CUUGUCCGCACGCACACGCGCAAACACGCGGACUGGGAUUACAACAACUGGAGUGGCGCGCGAACAAGUAGCUCGUGUUUAUGUAAUGCCAUAUGUGACUGGGAGUGUGUGUGUGUGUGUGUGUGUGCGCGCGCGCGCGCGCGCUGGAGCUGGCGCGAGCUGGUCCAGCACCGCCGCGGCGACAGCGGUCACACGUUAAACAUCAGCGACCCGUGCGUGUUAUUCUGCGGAUUGAAGAGGGCUCGUGCGGAUUUGACCCGUCAUAUAGGAGGGCGCUCGAGCUCCACCGGCACGCACGUAGCCUAGACCCGGUGAAAUCGUCACGCGGAUAGAAUCUGUGGAUUCUAUCGCGAGUGUGUUCCUGCGCGGCUGGAGAGCAUCCCGACAGAGCGCAAGGACCGGUCGGUCGGUCGGUGCGGGUCGGUAGACCGCGUGGAGGGGAGACAGAGAGGGGCUUGCGCUGCACUCCUGGCCGAAUCGGAGCAUCCCACUCCCGGCAGCAUCCAUCCCUCCGCGCCUCAGCGCCAGCGGGAGGCCCAGAGCGGCGGCAGGAUGUAGCAGCGGAUUAACGGAGGAGAGAGGGACGCUCAGAGGAAGAGAGCGGGACCGAGCAGACCGAGGAGGGACAGAGAGGACAUGGGGAAGGACCAGGAGCUGCUCCAGGCCGUAAAGACCGAGGACUUGCUGACAGCUCAGCGGCUUCUUCAGAGACCUCGGCCAGGCAAAGCCAAGCUCCUUGGAGCAGCAAAGCGGGUGAACGUCAACAUCCAGGAUGCAGAUGGGUUGUCACCGCUGCACCAUGCUGCUCUGAGUGGUAACAAGGAGCUGAUCUCUCUGCUAUUGGAGGCCCAGGCAGCAGUGGAUAUUAAAGACCAUAAAGGAAUGCGUCCUCUGCAUUACGCUGCAUGGCAGGGGAAGACUGAGCCAAUGAAAAUGCUGCUGAAGGCAGGCUCGUCAGUCAACGGACAGUCAGAUGAAGGACAGAUCCCCCUCCACCUAUCAGCUCAGCAUGGACACUAUGAUGGGUCGGAGAUGUUGCUACAACACCAAUCCAACCCGUGUAUCUCAGACUCAGCUGGCAAAACUCCAUUGGACCUCGCCUGUGAAUUUGGGCGCGUCGCAGUGGUCCAGCUCCUGCUCAGCAGUAAUAUGUGUGCAGCCAUGCUGGAACCAAAACCUUCCGACCCCAACGGAGUGUCACCUCUACAUCUCGCUGCCAAGAACGGACACAUUGAUGUCAUACGGUUGCUGAUUCAGGCUGGUAUAGAUAUCAACAGACAGUCUGAGUCUGGCACAGCGCUACAUCAGGCAGCCCUCUGUGGGAAGACAGAGGUAGUACGCCUGCUGCUGGAUAGCGGCAUCAGUGCAGGCGUGAGAAACACUCUGAGUCAAACUGCUCUGGACAUUGUUAACCAAUUCACCACCACACAGGCCAGCCGAGAGAUCAAACAACUACUGAGAGAUGCUUCAGCUGCGAUGCAGGUGCGAGCACUGAAGGAUUACUGCAACAACUACGACCUUACCAGCCUUAACAUCAAAGCUGGAGACAUUAUCACGGUUUUGGAGCAGCACUCUGAUGGCCGAUGGAAAGGCUGUAUUCACGACAACCGCACAGGAAAUGACCGUGUGGGCUACUUCCCCUCCAACAUGGUGGAAGUCAUCAAGAGGGCAGGUCACUCCCCCUCCCAGCAGUGCCACACCCUCCUGCUCCGCAGGCCCAACCCUUGUCCCAUUGCCUCGGUCAACGGACACUCAUACCCCCCCUCCAAAGUCCUCCCCCUGCAUCUGCCUCCCCCUCCUCCCUCUCACCCCAACACACAGUCCCUCCCUCGGUUCUCCUCCUUUGGGUACGUUCCUCUUCCCAUCUCUCCUCCUUCUCUGUCUACUCCUCCUCUGUCCACUCCUCCUCCUCCUCCUCUUCCUCCUCCUCUCUCCACUUCUCAGGAGCAGCAGAGUCAGACAGGUUCACGGACUGCAGAGCCGAGUCCUCAAGGCUCUCCAACUCUGGGACAGCAGAGCAGCACCAGCGAGGAUAUCUGGGUGCUACGCAAACCGUUGGCAGGUGGCGAGCGCAGUGGCAGUGUGGGCAGCAUCGGCAGUGUUCGUUCAUCAAGCAGCUUGCAGAGUUCUGGAAACACACAUGUUCUGACCACCCCCGCCCCCAGUCCACACCCGGCAACCACACCAGGAGUCAACACACAUGGCCUUAACGCUCCAGGCCUGCACGCACAAGCUGAAGGGGUCAAGCUCCUGGCCACCGUGCUGUCCCAGUCGGUAAAGGCUAAGGAGCAUCUCUUGGAGCAGUCGCAGUCUGUUGAGCAGUCAGCGAGCUCCUCCAGUUGCACAGUUCAUGAACAGCGGUCAUUUGAGCGGAAGGCAGAAGAGGACGAUGGGAAAAAGCAGGCAGUAGUGGCGUGGCUGGGUGAGUUUCAGCUGCAGUUCUACACCACCCACUUCCUCACCGCGGGAUAUGAUCUAGACACCAUUAGCCGCAUGACCCCUGAGGACCUGACGGCAAUUGGGGUCAUGAAGCCUGGACAUCGAAAGAAGUUAACAUCAGAGAUCAGCAAGCUUCCCUCCACAGACUGGCUGCCGGACCACAAGCCUGCCAAUCUGGCAGACUGGCUGUCUCACCUGGGUCUUAGUCAGUACUACCAGGUUCUGGUUCAGAAUGGGUAUGAAAACAUUGACUUCAUCUCUGACAUCAGCCUUGAGGAUCUGCAAGAGAUUGGUAUUACUAAGCUCGGCCAUCAGAAGAAGCUGAUGUUGGGAGUGAAGAGACUGAAGGAGAUACAGAGAGGAGAAAGUAUCUCUGAGCCUCCUCAGAGCCCCUCUACACCUCCAUCCAGCCCAGGUGGCAGCACCGGCUCAGAGCCACGGAGACAGGUGAGGAAGCAGAGGGACGGUGCCCCCAGCCCGCUGGCCAAACCUCGCCCAGGUCUUGCACAUUCACAAACCCCCCCACAAACUCCACCUCAGACUCCCCCGCAUGGCCGGACCCAGCAGGCCUCCCCCAGGGCUCAGCCACGUCCCUCCACCCAGAUGACAGCAACAGAUUCAUCAGUACCGCUGCUCCGUCUCCCCAGUGAGGAGGAAGAGCGACGGAGAACUCAUAGUCUAAUUGGCUCAGAAUCAGACUCUAGAUACGCCACCGUGUGCCGCAGCAGCUCCGCACAUACUGCCGCCCCUAAUGAUGUCACCGUCAACCGCAGCCAAUCAUCUGUCACGCUCCGCCCCCGUCGGAAAGGUCGGCCCCCGACACCACCUAAACGGUCUUGUUCUUCCAUUACUGGGGGUGACGGGGAGGGAGAGGGACAAGUGGAGGGGCUACUAGGUCUGCCAACCUAUCGAGAGCGGCGAGCCAGUGACUGCGGCAGCCUGGGAUCAGCAUUAAGAUCUCAGCACUCAGCGGGCCUGGAGAGAUCAGAGGGGGCUUCUGGGAGUGUUCGCAGCCUCGCCGCUAUGCUGGAGUCAUCCAUCGUGGGUGGAGCCAAAACCCUGCCAAGGAAUCUGGGAGGCAGCACCAGCUACCUACAGGUGAGUCCACCUACACUUCGUCGGCAGGCAGGCGCAGGGGGUCUUGGAUCUGAGGAAGAGGAUGUCUUAAUUCGCCGCAGGACCAUCAGUGGACUAGAAGGCCUCCCCAGUGAUCAGACUGACCUGUUAGCUCGACAACCGGCCCAGCAACGUCCGGAGCCACGGCCCCGCUCCACCGUAGUCCCCUUAGCAUCAGAGAUCACAGACAGCACAGCAACGCUCAGAAGGAAGCCUCGUCCUCUGCCAACAGACUCUGAAGCACCUGCAUCCGCGACCACCACUGUUGUUACCAUGACAACUGGUUCCGACACCAUCCGCAGGAGACCGCACACGCCCGACCAUACGGAAAGGGUCAGUCAAAGCAAUAACCAACCACACUCUCCCAGCAGUCAAACAGAUAGUAGCCGGAAGAACGGAGGUGAGCUGCCGCAGCAGAACGGCGGUGUGGUCCUGAGGCGGAGGCCCGUGUCUGAGGUCUCUGAUAGAACAGAGACCAGCAGAGAGAGCUGUGAGUGGAUGGAGGCUAGGAAGUCUCUGAAGCCACCAGUCUCACCCAAACCAUCCACGGUCACCCUGAAGAAGACACAAGCUGACCCUCCAACUCCGACUCGCAGGGUCCCCAUACCGGGGCCUGAUAACGCUGAGUUGGCACAGAGCCCUGAGCCGAAGCGUGUCCCUCCUCCUGUGUCCCCAAAACCCCGUGGACCUCCAACAGCACCCAAACCAGGCAAAGCAAUAGUAGUUUCAGCUACCGUGAGCCCAAGUCCUGCUGCUACCAGCCCAGCUGCAGGCAGCCCCACCCCGGCCCCCAAACCCUCCUCUCCUCCCUCUGCCGCCCCCCUUCCAGCUCCUGACACCCCUUCUGCUCCCUCCCUCUCUCCGGGACUCCCUCUUACUUCCCCCUCUCCAGCCCAGAGUCCCUCCACCCCCUCUCCACACCCUGUCAAACCUCCCCGCUCCUCCAUCGCCGGCCUCUCCAUCGACCUGCUGGGAGGACGGGAGGUGGAGGAGGAAGAGGAGAGGAGGAGAGAGGAAGAGGAGAGGAGGAGAGAGAGGGAGCACAAGAGGCACAAGGAGCAGGAGGAGGAGAAAAAGAGAGCAGAGGAAGAGAAUCUGAGAGAGGUGGAGGGUCAAGUAGAGGAAGAAGAGCAGGAGGAGGAGGUGCGGCAUCGUUUGGAGGAGACCAGUGCCUCCUUGGCGGCAGCUGUGCAGGCUGUAGAACAUAAAAUGAAAGAGGAGGACGCACAAAACGACUCUCUUUCCAGCAAGAAGACAACAGUCUCCAUCUUGGACGACAUCGGCAGCAUGUUUGACGACUUGGCAGACCAAUUGGAUGCAAUGCUCGACUGAUCUCCUGCCCACGCCUCACUCCCAGCAAGCCCUCUCCCUCUCCCCCCAUCAUGUCUUAUAGGUUGAUUUGUGAGUCCUAUAUCCCUGAAGUCCUGAUCCCUAAAGUCAAUCACCCUGUCUGCAGUCCUCCUGUAACCAUUGAGAAGCCUUGUACGAGCCCAUAUAAGCGCCCUCCUGUAAGCUGUGAUAAAUUGGCUCUGCUCCUCCUCGGCUCCCCAGUUUUCAGUGGUCCCCCAUGUAGGCCAGACAGAGGAUCAACCACCAGUGUUCAUCCCAAUGAAGAGUCCACUUGUAUUUUUAUGCUCUUUGAAAACAAAGAUAUAUUUGAGAGACAGAUGGUUCUAUGUGAAUAACAAUAAUAAUGAUGAUAAUUAUAGACAUUGAAUUGAGGUGAGCUGAUUGAGCCUGUACAUUUAUGGUUGAGUUCUGGAUGUGUUGUGACGGCUGUUGUGCCAUGGUUGGGUUUAGGUUGUGUUUUCUGCUGUGACGAUGCAUUCCUGUACAGCUGUGAUCAGAAUAAAUGUAUAAAUUAAACCUUA